AUGACACGGGACGUGCAAUCUAUUAACACUCCUGAAAUACGGGACAUUGUAUUAAAAGAUGAAAAGAUAGAAGAAAUUACUACUACCAAGAAGGAAACAAAUGCCACUACAAGCAGCACGGAGGAAAAACUUCAUGAUGUGGAAACUUACAAUUUAUCUAAUUCCGCUAAUGAUUCCACUAAUGACUUCGAUGAUGAUGAAAUGGAAGAAGGUUAUGAAGAACCUACUGAUGAAGAAUUGAACACUUUGAAACGUGUAGGAGGUAAGAUCCCAUUAAGAUGUUGGUUAAUUGGUGUGGUCGAAUUAGCUGAAAGAUUCUCUUAUUAUGGUCUUUCUGCUCCUUUCCAAAAUUAUAUGCAAAAUGGUCCCAACGAUUCACCAAAGGGUGUAUUAAUGUUAAAUAGUUCAGGUGCCACUGGUCUUUCUUAUUUCUUCCAAUUUUGGUGUUACGUGACUCCAGUCUUUGGUGGGUUCGUCGCUGAUACAUAUUGGGGGAAAUAUAAUUCCAUCUCUGUGGGUACUGGAUUUUAUAUCGUUGGUAUUUUCAUUCUUUUCAUUACUGCUAUUCCAAGUAUUGCCUCACAAAAUGCUUCCCUUGGUGGAUUUAUCGUCUCCAUUAUCUUAAUUGGUAUAGGUACAGGUUUCAUUAAGGCUAAUUUGUCUGUUUUAAUUGCUGAUCAAUUACCGAAAAGGAAACCAAGAGUCAAGAUUUUGAAAUCAGGUGAAAGAGUCAUCGAAGAUCCAAAUAUUACUUUACAAAAUGUUUUCAUGGUCUUUUAUCUUAUGAUUAAUAUCGGAUCAAUGUCCGUUAUGGCUACUACAGAAUUAGAAUCGCAUAAGGGAUUCUGGGCUGCUUAUUUGUUACCAUUCUGUUUCUUUUGGAUUGCUGUAGUGAUUCUAGUCUUUGGUAGAAAAUAUUAUGUUAAAGAAAAAAUGGGUGAUAACGUUGUCCAGAAGAGUUUUAAAGUUUGUUGGAUUGUCGCUAAAAACAAGCUCGAUUAUAAUGCUGCUAAACCAUCUUAUCAUCCAGAAAGAAAUUACCCAUGGAAUGAUAGAUUUGUUGACGAAAUGAAAAGAACAAUAGCAGCAUGUAAAGUUUUCGUUUUCUAUCCAAUUUAUUGGGUCCAAUACGGUAGUAUGAUUAGUACUUUUGUUACACAAGGUAGUACUAUGGAAUUACAUGGUAUUCCAAAUGAUUUCCUUCAAGUUUUCGAUUCCAUUGCUUUAAUUAUUUUCAUUCCUAUUUUCGAAAAUUUCGUUUAUCCAUUUAUAAGAAGAUUUACUCCAAUUAGACCAAUUACUAAGAUCACUAUAGGAUUCUUCGUUGGUGGAUGUGCCAUGACCUGGGCCGCUGUUUUACAACAUUUCAUUUAUAAUACAGGUCCAUGUUACGAUCAUCCAUUAUCAUGUGAUACACCAAAUAAAAUCCACGUUGCAUGGCAAAUACCUGCAUAUGUGCUCAUUGCCUUCUCUGAAAUCUUUGCAUCCAUCACUGGAUUAGAAUACGCUUAUUCUAAAGCUCCUCCAUCUAUGAAAUCUUUCGUCAUGUCAAUCUUCCUAUUGACAAAUGCCUUUGGGAGUAUCCUAGGGAUAGCUCUUUCAUCAGUUACCGUUGAUCCUAAAUUCGUUUGGUUAUUUGGUGGGUUAGCUGUUUCAUGUGGUGUCACAGGUAUCUUAUUUUGGUUAUGUUUUAGAGGUUUAAAUGCUACUGAAGAAGAAAUGAAUGCAAUGGAUUAUGACGCUGAAAUAGAUGAACAAUCCAAAAGACAUUUGUCCUCUGGUGCUGAUGACUUAGAAAUUUUACCAGGACCUGAUAAUAAUAAUUGGAGAACAUCAUCAUUAUCUCAUAGUGAUAUGUGA